GAGCACAUCGUCCACCACUCCCGCUACCCUUCCCGGACCGCUGGGAAUUUUAUCAUCUGCCGUCGAUCAGCGGUCGCAAUCUCGACGACGGCAACCACCUUCGCCAGCUUUCGUCUUCACCACCCGUUCUCCCUCCCAUGAUGGCGGCGGUCGAUCAACCCAUCGUGGAGUCUCUGCCUCACGGUCCUGCAGAUGCGACCACUUCUUCCUCGUUCACGCCGCCCAACAGUGCCAACGGCAAGAAGGAUGCCCCCGAAGGCGUCCCGUCCGAGCUGUCCGAUCUCGAACUCGAUCAAAAUGCAUCCGCUGCGCCGGCGCUGGAAACUGCGGAACCAGAUGACGUUGAGAUUGAACCGGAUCACUAUUGGGGAGAUGGAAAGAUCCCGGUGUUCAAGCCGACAAUGGAACAAUUCCGUGAUUUCCAAUGGUACAUCCAAAAGGUUGACAAAUACGGCAUGCAAUCCGGGAUCGUGAAGGUCAUCCCUCCGAAGGAAUGGUCUGACUCCCUGCCCCCUCUGGACGAUGCCGUCAAAUCGAUCCGCGUCAAGAAUCCAAUCAUGCAAGAGUUCCACGGUUCGCAUGGGACCUACACCCAGGCCAAUAUCGAGAAGCAGCGGUCUUACAAUCUGCCUCAGUGGAAGGCACUCUGCGAAGAAAGCAGCCACCAGCCUCCAGCUCGACGAGGAGAAAGACGACGAAACCAAGAGCGGGCCACUCGCGCCCCUCCCGCCCCGAAAUCGUCGACGCCUCGUCCCGAUACUCAGAAACGAAGACCAGGGCCCGGACGUCCUCCCAAAAGAUCGAAUCAGGUCAAGAUCAAGGAGGAGCCCCCGGCGGACGAUGGCCUCGAGAAGUCGAAAUUGGAAGGGCCGCCGACGCCCGUUUCGCCGCAAUCGAACCCUAUGGAGGCCAAGACCGAAGAUCUGAGCGAGGGCGAGUCUUUGCCGGCUCCCAAGCCCAAGGGUCGACAGCCCAAGUCCGUGUCUGCGAGGAGGAAGCACAACCGCGGCGAGGCGACGGACCACGUGGACGAGGAGACGUUCAAAGAUUUCGACUACCGGAUUCACGAUAAUGACGAGUAUACCCCCGAGAGAUGCGAGGAACUGGAGACUGCAUACUGGAAGUCUCUGAUGUUUAAUAACCCCAUGUACGGUGCUGACAUGCCUGGCUCCCUGUUUGACGAGUCGACCAACUCGUGGAACGUCGCCAAGCUGCCCAAUUUGCUCGACGUACUGGGCCAGAAGGUGCCCGGUGUCAACACGGCCUAUCUGUACCUGGGAAUGUGGAAAGCCACCUUUGCAUGGCAUCUCGAAGAUGUCGACCUCUACAGCAUCAACUACAUCCACUUUGGUGCCCCCAAACAGUGGUACAGCAUCUCGCAGGAGGAUGCGCCUCGAUUUGAACAGGCCAUGAAGAGUAUUUGGCCCAGUGAUGCCAAGAACUGUGAUCAAUUCCUCCGCCAUAAAACAUACUUGAUCUCUCCCAGCGUGUUGAAAUCUCAGUUUGGCAUCACAGUCAACAAGUUGGUGCACUAUGAAGGCGAAUUUGUCAUCACAUACCCUUACGGUUAUCAUUCAGGAUACAAUCUGGGCUACAAUUGCGCCGAAUCGGUCAACUUUGCGACGGAGAAGUGGCUGGACUACGGUCGUGUCGCCAAAAAAUGCAAUUGCGAGGCGGAUAGCGUCUGGAUCGACGUGGGCGAAAUCGAGCGCAAGCUGCGGGGCGAGUCCACGCCGGAAUACUACGAUGAGUAUGACAGCGACAUGGACCUCGAGGGCGCGUCCGAUCUCUUGACGCCACCCCGCAGUGUGCCCGAGAAGUCGGUCGGUCGUGGUCGCAAGCGCAAGCUUGACGGUGACGAGCCUAGAAGCAAGCGCUCUAGAGUCUCGGUGGAGAUCACGAGGAAGAUUCCCUGCGUACUGUGCCCGAAUAAUCUGGACUACGAAGACCUGCUCCCGACUGAAAACGGCAAGUCGCAUGCCCACCGACGAUGCGCUCUGUACAUCGAAGAGACCAGCAUCCUUCGGGAUGAGAGCGGCCGCGAGGUCGUCUGUGACAUUGACAAGAUCCCCAAGGCCCGCAUGGGACUCAAGUGCCUUUUCUGCCGUGAAGUGCGCGGAGCCUGCUUCCAGUGCAACUUUGGCAAGUGCACGAGGGCGUAUCAUGCGACUUGCGCUCUGCUGGCCGGCGUGCAGGUUGAGUUUGGCUCUGUCGCUGUCAUUGCGGACGAUGGCUGCCAGUACUCGAUACCCAGCGUUGAUCUCAAGUGCAAAUUCCACCGACCCAAGCGAAGCGAGCCUCUAGACAAGGACCGACGUCUGAAUGAAAUCGCGCAGCGACUAGUCAUGGGAGACCUGGUGCAAUUCCAGGUCGACAAGGAGAUCAAUGGGGCGGUCGUGCUCCAGAACCGGCCGGCAGAGCGGACGUUGAUGUUGAAGGUUCUUCCUCGAGGCGAUGUGAUCGAACUGCCGUACCGGUGGAUGCUCGUCGUCCGCAAGACCAGCUUCGCGCCGCUUCCCCCCGGCACAAAGCCACUGCCAGCGCAUCUGGCGCGAAAGCCUGAGAGCCGCAAGGACAUCUCGUCAACGCUCCCCGUGGCGGGCGCGCCGUUCAGCGACGCCAAGUACCCAUACCAGUGGGCCGAGUUCGACUCCGUUUCACUGCCGGCCGAAGCCCCACCGGUCAAGGUCGACGUUGAGAAACCGGAGCAGAUCUGGUAUUAUUUAGGACAGUCGUCGACCGAGUGUAGGGCACAGUAUACACACAACCCUAGCAUCGCGGUGCACAACCCAAGGUCGAAUUUCCUGGACAGCGUCAAGGCUCUUAGCGCCCGCUUCCCCUCAUACCCCCACCACCUUUAUGCCCCUCCAACCCCGAUGCUGCAACGCCCUUCCCUUCCUCUGCAGCGAGCGACCCCGAGUGCUGCCAUGACUUCUGCCUAUCGACCGCUGCCGACUGCUGCUACACGUCCCUUACCUCAAUUCCCCAAGACGCAGCCCGACCUGCCCACCAAUACCUUUGCCAAUGUCCGCGAGUUGAUCGCCCGUCGGCGUCUCGCCCAGAUCGCCGACCAUGCCAACGUGUUCGCCGGCUAUACCAUCGUCAGCCCCGAGCUGGUCGUGGAAACCCUGCUGGGCCCCAUGGGCUCAGUGCCGCCGCAGAAUGGCCUGGAGAAGCUCGAAUUGGCCAUGGCUCAGCAGAGGGUGCAGCCGCGCGCGUCGGACGGGACCUUGCUGCCGCUGCAGCCGCUCAACAUGCGCUCCGAGGAGGUCAAUCGCCUGCUGCAGAUGCUCCGCUUCUCCAUUGUCAGCCACCGCGAGCGACUGGACGUUAUCCAGAAGAGAGAAAACGAGCAGAUCAAGCAGGAACCCGUCGACAGCAACGGCAAUGGCAUCGGGGGGAGGUUGGUGGGCAAAUACGCCUAUCUCGACCAGCAGCGGGCUCAGGCACCAACGGUCUACCAAUCACCGUACAACAUGCCGUCCGGCUUCUCGGACUCCGCUAAGAAGGAGUUGGAACUACCGCCGGAGGAGUACCGCCUGCCGAAGGAGUCUCUCGCCAACGACUUCUUUGCCAGUCUGUCCCAGGAAGAUCAGGAGAAGAUCAUGAGGACAUGUGGCAGCUUCGUCCAACGGGCUAUCGACCGGUCCCACCCCCACAGUCGGCAGAGCUCGACGUCCAAUUUCCGAUUGGCCUCGGUCCUCGCACGCCAGGUGGACAAUCCCACCAUUGAUAUCACCACGGUCGACGAUAUGCCCAUGUCGGGGCUCGAUCUGCCAUUGCAUGCGGACUCUCCAGGGUCCAGUUUCAGCAGGAGUCAUCUGCGAUUCCAGUCCCCAGCCGACUUCGGUCACGGAGACCAUGACUCAUCCAUCAUACCGCGACAUCUGAACGACCACCAUGACCUCUUUGGCGACCAGCAAGCCAACACGCGGUUCUGGCAGCAAGGUCCGUGGGCGCCCGGUGACGGUAACACGCCAAAUGAAGAGAACCGUCCGUUCUUUGGACCACAUGAGCGCCUCAAACAUGACUACGCCUCCUCCGAUAUGUCCUUCGGACGCGGGCCUGGCUCGCUGCACUCAGUAGACAUGGCCGGGUUCGGUCUUGACGGCACUGACGACCUGUACGCUGAGCUGAGCCCAUGAUUUGGGCAGUCUCUUUUCUGUUUCAAGCGCUCCCCCCCCCUUACCUUCGCUGUUCUCCACUGCAUUAUAUGUGAUGACAUGUUCGGACUGAUGAUGACUGCAUGACUGGGCGUUCUUCUGGGCUUCUUUAUUACCACCCGAUUAUGACGGAGUUGAU